CAACCUGCUUGCUCCAGCCUCGUAGUACUUUAAAGCAGUCUGGAACGCCCGCGAUACACGUUCUGCGACCCCUUGUCCCGUCCUCGCUAUCGCGCGGCGGCAAGCUGACCUGACCUGUCUGUGUACGGGAGGCGGGGCUUUCAUGAAUCAUUAUUAAUUGCUGGCAACGCUCUGAACUUCCAACCCCACCAAGGAAGGGCGCUUACCACUCGAAAUUUCCUUCCUUUGCGCAUCGCCGAGGAAUAAUUCAUAUAGAGCAAUUGGCCGUCAGUAUACUUCCUAGCCGUGGGUAUACCAACCAUGACGAAGUUAAUCCUCUCUACUGGGAACAUCGUCUCAGGUGGCCCCUCCAUCAUUCGCAAGCCGGGCGCAUUCCGAUCCAAUCUCGAACUCACAAAUUCUCUGCGGAGCAACUUCCUUGCUGCGCAAGAAGACCAUGCAGCCGAACUAGUUCACAGUAACGGCGUUGCGAACGGUAACGGUAAUGGCAUCGCCAAUGGUGUAGACCUACAUCUCGAGACCGGCAGGCGCCCGCCGGCGUCGCUCUGGACAGCCCAGAAAGAUGGAACCCUGUACGUGCCUGCAAUCGACCAGGGAGACCACGGUCUCCAGGAGGAACCUGCGCAAUACGACAUUACAGCCAAGCUCUUUUUUCUCCCCGGCGCGCCCGUGUCACAGCGGUCGCAAGAUGCAAAGGAGGCGUUGGAGCACGUAUUGAGGGAAUUGCGGGCCCCGGCCGUUGACCUGCUCAUCGUCUCUUUCCCAGGCAUGUCGUUCGAGGGCGACUGCGAGUGGGAAGCGGACAGGCAAAACGCAAAACAAGGAAACGACAUGGAUGAGGUCGCAACCUGGCCGGCCGUUGAAGAGCUGCACCGCGCUGGGCUUGCAAAGCGACUUGGUCUGGCCGAAUUCGGCAGCGAUAAGCUUUCCCACUUCCUGCAGGAGGUCCAAGUUCGGCCCGCCGUCAAUCAGAUCAACAUCAAGAACUGUUGCAAUGUCCCGCCGCCGCUGGCUAAGCUGGCGAAGGAAGAGAGCAUCGAGCUGCUGGUACACAGCGACUGCACCGAUAUCCUCCCCAAGGGGACGUUGAGGGAGCUUCUUGGACAGGGUCUAGGCGGGGCCGGGCUGCUCGCCGAUCCGGAGACGGGCGCCGGUGGGCUGCAGGGGGAUCUCACCCCGCAGUGGGUGAUGAAGUACACGGCUGUCGUCCGGGACCGUGGGGUGAUCGAGAACAAGGGCUACUUCGCAGGUGCCCAGCUGGUAGACGAAUAAGUUGCAGAGGUUGCCCUGUUGGGAGGUACACAGUCCAGGAGUUUGGGAUAAAGGCGGGCUUUCAAUAUAUUAGCUUUUGGGAUCGAUUUUGGGCAUGGUAUCGAACGCGCAAGCGUUGCAUUUGGAUUUUACGGACAGCAUGCAUACUCAUGAAUCGAGCGAGAUAUUUCUGCCG